UCUCAGUAGUAGGGUCAUUUCCUACCGCAGAAGCGUCCUACUCCAUAGCCGUUUUUGUCGAAGAACAGUCCUUAACGUUAACAACAUUGAUUGGUGAAAAACAUGCCUCGGGUUUAUAUUGGACGACUGAGCUACCAUGUCCGCGAAAAAGACAUUCAGAGAUUUUUCAGCGGAUACGGGAAACUCAUGGAAAUCGAUUUAAAAAACGGUUAUGGGUUCGUGGAGUUCGAGGAUAACCGGGAUGCCGAUGAUGCCGUAUAUGAGCUGAACGGGAAAGAGCUGUGCGGGGAGCGUGUGAUCGUCGAACAUGCCCGGGGUCCGCGGCGAGACCGAGAUGGCUACGGUGGGGGUUACUGGGGUGGUGGGCGCAGUAGUGGUUACAGCAGCCGAAGUCGCUCUGGCAGGGAUAAGUAUGGACCUCCAGUCCGUACUGAGUACCGUCUCAUAGUGGAGAACUUGUCCAGCCGCUGCAGUUGGCAGGACCUCAAGGACUUCAUGCGUCAGGCAGGGGAGGUGACCUACGCAGACGCCCACAAGGAACGCACCAACGAGGGAGUGAUCGAGUUCCGUACUCACUCGGAUAUGAAGAGGGCUCUGGACAAGCUGGACGGUACAGACAUCAAUGGGCGGAAGAUUCGUCUGGUGGAGGAUCGACCUCGCAGACGAAGAUCCUACUCUGGCAGCCGCUCCAGGUCUCGUAGUCGCCACCGCUCCCGCAGCAGAAGCCGCAGAAGCCACAGGAGCAGGAGCUCCCGUAGUCGCUCCAGAUCCCACUCCAGGUCUCGUUCCCGCAGCAACAAGAGACAUCAUCAUUCCCGCUCCAGAUCUGAAAGGAAGUCUCGCUCCAAGUCAGGAGAAAGCAAAUCACGGUCUCGCAAUCGCAAAUCACGUUCUCGAUCCCGCAAAUCCAAAUCUCAUUCGCGCUCCCACAAGUCCCGAUCACGUUCGGCCGACCGAAAAUCCAAGUCCCGUUCAGAGAGCUGCUCUAAGGUAAAGUCAGAACGGGAUUCUCGCAGUCGGUCCAAGGAGAUGUCUGGCGAUAAGAAGUCCCACAGUCGUUCAGCUUCCCCAGUAGAGAACGGGAAGGAGGAGCGUGCUGCCAAAUCUGCCUCCCGCUCCCCUUCCCCACAGGAGGAUGACCGCCGGUCCAAGUCAAGGGAGAAACGUUCAGCCUCCUGCUCAAAGUCCCGCUCAAGAUCUGGCUCACGGUCUAGAUCAGCUUCUCGGGAUUAGUGGAAUUAGAGAAAGGCGUUCUCUUUGUUGAGCUUGAGCCCUGUGCUGUACAUAAUGAGCAGUGUUGUCAUACUGACUUACGCUUCCUGAUUUGUCUACUUUUCUCCUUCAAGAGUGCACUUGUCUUAAACAUUUUAGAUGCAGUUUUAUUAGAGGAUGCACCACAGUGGCAGGGCUAUUUUUUGGAAUCACUUCGGCCCCUGAAUCUGCCUCCCAAAAAUUCAACUUGUUAUACCAGUCUGUUAAAAUGAAAUGCUGUUAGUAGCUGCAAUGAAGUGCAAAUGAAGUCAAUUAUUUUAAUUUAAUUAUCCCAGUUUGCCACAGAUCUUGUUGGUUUGAUUCAGUUCACUACCACUAAUGUCUGUAUCAUCCAUUAGCAUUGUUUGAUACAACUGUUAUGAUUUGUAACUGCAUGGUUGUGGGAGAAAAGUAGCAUAUGGAUGCAGAAUUGGAGUCGUUUCUUUUUGUGAUCUGCGGUAUCAAUACUUGCUUUUCAAGGAAUCGGCUGUCUUGGUUUUGCCUUGCGAACCUCUGAAAUGCACAACAGGAUGAAAGACCUUGCACUGCAGAACUGCAUAUUUACAAGAAAAUAAGGGUUUGUAUUUCAUGUUUGAACAACUUGUAUUGUAGGCAGACUACUAUGAUCCCUUUUUGACCUCUUGUACAUAGAACCAGUGAUCAGCAUCUAAAACUGAUUUAUUGCUUUUUUUUCUGUAACUUUGAGCAGGUUGUCUGUGUAAGACCCCCUUUUUUUAUAUUUGGUUAUUUUUAGUUAGGCUAAACCUUCAAGGCCUCAAAUGCAGUGUCCUGUUUUCCUUGAAUUUCCUGCUUUGUUCUGAUUGCAGCCUUGAGUCCUUUUUUCGAUUUGUUAAAUCUUAAGGGUUAAGGAUUUUGUCAAGCCUUUGCUUGUUUAAAGUGUGCGGUUGUACUGGAGUUAUUUUGUACGCGAAAGGUACAUUCAUUCAAAUCUCUGGAGGGUCUGCUUCUGGGUUUAUAACAAGAACAUCAUCAGACUUUACUGAAUGCAGCCCCUCUCUCCAUCUUGUGGAACAGAUUAGUAUUUUUUUCUCCAUGCAAUGAGAUCUAAAAGAAAA